UUCUGAACGCCGGCGCAGUUCCAAGCGAGCACUCACGGUUGAUAGUUGUGUUCACUUCGUAACAAAACAAGUAAACAUUUCAAAAUGCGCUACAACGAGCUCGGCCACACCGGCAUGAAAGUGUCACAUAUCGGGAUGGGGGGCGCUGCAUUCAGCAACAUCUAUGGGAGUCACGACGAGCAGCGCGGCAUCGAGCUGAUCCGCGACGGGCUCCGCUACGGCAUCAACUACCUGGAGACCGGCCCCUGGUACGGGCAGGGCAGCUCCGAACGGACCUAUGGAAAGGCGCUGCAGGGCAUCCGUCGCGACACGUACUACAUCGCGGGGAAGAUCGGCCGCUACGAGCUGGACGCCGCCCACAUGUUCGACUUCUCCGCCGAGAAGACCGAAGCCGCCGUGGACCAGACGCUCGAGCUGCUGGGGCUGGAGUAUCUGGACCUGAUCCAGAUCCACGACCCGACCUUCGCCCCGGACAUCUCGGUGAUCCUGAACGAGACGCUGCCGGCCCUGCAGCGCGUGGUGCGCGCCGGCAAGGCCCGCUUCAUCGGCAUCGCCGACUACGACAUCGAUCUUAUGCGCGAGAUCAUCGACGAGUCGGAGGUCAAGGUGUCCACCGUGCUGUCCUACGCCAAGUCUACCAUGAUCGACAACCGUCUGCAGAAUUACACUAAGUACUUUCUGACUCACGGAGUGGGGGUGAUCAACGCGGCGGCGACGGGCAUGGGUCUGCUGACCAGCUCGGGCCCGCAGCCGUGGCACCCGGCCAGCGACGACGUCAAGGCCCUCUGCCGCCAAGCCUCGGAGUAUUGCAAGUCCCAGAACGUGGAGCUGGCCCGCCUGGCCACCUACUUCUCGCUGAGCCAGCCCGGCAUCGCCACCAACAUCUGCGGCUUCUACGACCAGCAGCAGCUCAUGGACACCCUGUAUGUGAUGCACGACGGCCUCAGCGAGGUCGAGGAGAGGGUGCUCCAGGAGGUGCAGACCAAGUAUUUUGACAAGAUGCUGAUGCAUUGGGACCACGUAGAGCUCCCUCGCUACAGGCAGGCGCUGGAGCAGGCCCACUGCACCUCCACAUAAUGGAGAUAUCUACAUUAUUCAACAUACAAUAAUACCUUCAAGUAUUCUUUUUAAUUUUCGACGCAUCUCAUGUUUUUAUACCUAUAAUAAUAAUUUAUAUUAAUAAUUUUUAAGAAUGUAAUCCCAAAGUAUACAAUAAACGAUAUUUAUAUUUCA